AUGGUAAGGCCCUACCCCCUGGCCUACCUCCUCCUCCUGCAGCUGGGCACCUGCUUUCCUCUGCUGGACAGAAGAGAGCCCACAGACGCCAUGGGUGGCAUCGGAGCUGGAGGGAGCUGGGCCAACCUGGCUAAGGGGCCCCAACCCCACUUCGUGUGGGGCUCCUCUCAGUGGCCGAGAGCGUCACGGCCACAGGCCCUGCUCGUCAUGGCCAAGGGGCUGCAGAUGUCGGGCAGAGAGCAUGCCGGCCACAGAUUCCACUUCAGGAGGCAGGACCAAGGCAGUGAGGCCGCCGGCUUCCUCCCUGCUGAGGGGGAGAAGACCAGUGGCCCGUUAGGGAACCUGGCUGAGGAGCUCAAUGGCUACAGCAGGGAGAAGGGCGGCUUCAGCUUCCGCUUCGGUCGGCGGUGAAAGGCCAGGGCAUCGUGGAAGGGUUUGCCCCACUGCCAUCACUCCUGCCUUCUCCCCAAGUCUCAAAGACCACGCCCCCGAGAUCAUGUAGGCGCGGCCACCAUAACGAUACACAGUAGGACGGGCUAGGUGUGUGCUUACCUUUGAUCUCCAACUUUGCUGAAGCGAAAAACUAGGCAGUGUCGAAAAGGAACCUAAAGUAUAAAAGGAAAUUUACUGUUAGA